UGAAAUUUUUUGGUAUUUUGGUUAUAAGAUGUUCAAAGAGAAACUCAUGGUGGAAGUCAUUUUUGCUAUUGCUUUCCUUUCUUUUCUUGUUUUCUCAAAUGUAUCAACAGCAUACAUAAUUGGAGUAAAUUAUGGAAGGGUAGGAAACAAUUUGCCAUCUCCAUAUGAAUCAAUAGAACUAUUGAAAUCCAUGAAAGCUGGUAGAGUAAAACUCUAUGAUGCAAAUCCAGAAAUACUUAGAUUAUUAUCAGGUACAAAUCUUCAUGUCUCAAUCAUGGUACCAAAUAAUCAAAUCUCAAUUGUAGCUGCAAAUCAAUCAGCUGCAAAUCAAUGGGUACGCGACAAUGUUCUUCCUUACUAUUCAAACACGAUGAUUCGAUACAUUUUAGUAGGAAAUGAAGUCCUAAGUAACAAGGAUGAUCAAGGUUUAUGGUAUGAUCUUGUACCAGCCAUGAGAAAUAUCAAGAAUUCGAUCUAUGAACAUAACAUUCACAACAUAAAAAUUGGUACUCCUUUAGCUAUGGACAUAUUGGAAACCUCAUUUCCACCUUCAAGUGGUGAAUUUAGGUUAGAUCUUUCAAGAAACAAUUUAUUGAUGCCUUUGUUGAGGUUCUUGAAUUGGACAAAAUCAUACUUUUUUCUUGAUGUCUACCCUUAUUUCUCAUGGUCCCAAAAUCUAUCUUCACUAAGUCUUGAUUUUGCACUAUUUCAAGGAGGUCACAUCUAUGUUGACCCUGUGAGUGGCUAUGUUUACACAAACCUAUUGGAUCAAAUGCUUGAUUCAGUCGUUUUCGCCAUGCAAAAAUUAGGGUUUCACAACAUCCGACUGGCAAUAGCAGAAACAGGAUGGCCUAAUGGAGGCGACUACGAUGAAAUUGGAGCUAAUAUCUAUAAUGCAGCUACAUACAAUCGAAAUCUAAUACGUAGAAUCAUGUCACAACCACCUAUUGGGACACCAGCUCGUCCAGGGUUAACAAUACCUACGUUUAUUUUUUCUCUCUACGAUGAAAAUCAGAAGAGGGGUCCGGGUACGGAGAGACACUGGGGUAUGUUAUACCCUAAUGGUAGUCCAAUUUAUGAUAUCGACUUGACAGGACAAUUUCCAGAUUCUGAAUUUACAAGUUUACCACAACCAACAAAUAAUGAACCAUUUCAUGGAAAGUUGUGGUGUGUGGUGACAAAUGAUACUAUCAUGAAUGAAAUGGAUUUAGAACAAGCUUUGGAAUUUGCAUGUAGGAGAAAUGAGACUUGUGAUGAAAUUUCUCCUGGAAAAUCAUGUUAUCAACCUGUCUCUAUUGUGUCUCAUGCAAAUUAUGCAUUUAGUUCAUAUUGGGCCAAGUUUAGGGGAGAUGGUGAAACUUGUGAUUUCAAUGGGCUUGCUGUUCAAACUACUGUUGACCCAAGUCAUGGAUCAUGCAAAUUCCCUUAUGUUUCUCUUUAGAAACAGUCUAUCUUAAUUACAUCUUAGAAGUGGAAUCUUUAUUAAUUAGGAGGAUUGAAAUUUUGUAAUAAACUUUAUGUUAUUUUAUUAGAGAGUUACUUUAAAUUUUAGAUCUGUCUCGACUUAAAAUUCAAACUCUUCACUACUAAUAUCUAGUUAACUUUGUGUAUUCCCUUGAUAACUUUGUAGUUUGGAACCCUUCAAAUUUUAAAUAAAAAAUUACA